AUGAGCGAUAAUACAUCCAUGUCAGCGGAUAUUGCAACCGGCGGUGAUGCCAACCUUGUUGGUCCCGAUGUUCUUGAAGUGGGUUCCGAAUUUAUUUCAUUGGCUUGCAUUACAGUCCUUGCUCUUGCUCUCGGUGCCAAAACAAACGGCGAGAAGCUCAAGACAAUCAACUAUGGUCGUGCUUUGGUCAUUAUUCUCUAUUUCUUUUCAUGGGCCUUCUCAGCAACGUCCAUUGUUGUUGUUUCUACUAAUAAUAAUAACAUCAUCUCAUGCACUCUUGGUAUGCUUUCAUGCGACGUGUUCUAUGCCGGUAGUAAAAUUGCCAUCUAUGCAUGGCUUAUCGAACGUGUGCAUCUUGUUACAGCAGUCAAAACUACUCGUCUCAGAACCUGCCAAUACAAGUUUCACAUUGUCCUUCUUUGUCCAUACGUUGUGAUCUUCAUUCUUAUGAUGACCUUCCGUAACAUUUAUCUCGAGCCUGAUGGCAAGUGCACCAUUGGAUUGCAGCCCAUUGCCAGUAUUCCAUUAUUGGUUUAUGACUUUAUCUUCAACUUGUACUUGACUUGGCUUUUUAUGAAACCAUUAAUGAGUGUGGGUCGUAAUUCACGCACCAAUUGGAAAACAUCAAAGCUAUAUCGCCUUGCAAGACGCACGUUGGUGGCAUCCUUGGUGUGUCUCUUGAUUUCAUUCCUUAAUGUGUUGGGUGUGGUGUGGACCCAUGGCCAUGAGCGUGGCCUUGUUUGUCUCACCCUUUGCACGCUCGAUGUGACAAUCAACGUCAUUACUGUACAUUGGGUAACUACAAGCUCCUCUGGUCAAAAUGGCCAAUCUGAUACUCGACAAAAGAACCUGAACACCACCGAAGUGGUCACUGGCGAGAUGACCUUUGAUGGUGAUAUGCCUAAUCACCAACGAUCCAUGAAGUAUGAUCUUCCUGUCGUCCAUCCUACUAUACGCCCUGACGACGACACCGAUAGUGCCAAAUCAACCGACAUUACAUCUGGAGGAAAACACUAG